AUGUAUGUCAUGUGCUUUUUUGAGGCCCUCCACAAUGACAGCGCCGACACGUCUGAUAGCAAAUGCGAGGCAUCGUCUUCGGAUUUGGAUCAGAAGAAAAUCAGUGAAUAUCAAUCAAACUUAGAAGACAUACUGACCUGGAUGUUGGGCGCUGAGGAGCAGUUGAGUAACUGUGAACCCGUAGCCAACAAUGACUUGGAGACUGUGAAACACCUGUUCCACGACAACGAGCUCUUCAUGAUUGAGUUGAGUCAUUACCAACAGAAGAUUGAGGAGAUGUUCAUCGAAGGGCGACAACUGAUCCGUUCAAAUGCGUGCGAUUCUGACGAAAGGGAUGAGAUCUCCCUUCAAAUGGAUUUAUUGAACGCCCGUUGGGAUCAGUUACGGAUAAAAGCCAUGGAUCGACAGCAACAGCUGAACGACUCGCUCAUGAGUUUACAACAAACACAAUUGGAUGCACUGCGCGAGUGGUUGACAUCGGCUGAGGUGAAGAUCUGUGACUUCUCUAACAUCGGCUCGAGUUUGUCUGCAGUGAAAGAGCAGCUCAAACAACACAAACAACUCAUGAAACAAGUGGAAGAGCAACAAGAAGUUGUGAACUUAGUGUCAAAUAUGGUUGUGAUUAAUGACGACAAUAAUAGUGAUAACGAUUUCGGAGCCCUCGAAGACCAAUUGGAAGCGUUGGCCGAACGUUGGCGUCAUGUCUGCCGUUUCGUUGAGGACACGGGAAGUAAUUUGCAUACAAUUUAUAAUUCAUGGAAAAUACUGAACGAAGAGGAGAGGAAAUUCAGUCAAUGGCUCACAAAACUGGACCGACGGCUGACUGAGAUGGAGGACGCGGCCAAUGAGACGACUCCCGGCUCUAAGUUUGUGUUGGAUUUAGUGAAGCGAUUGCAGCGAAUGGAGAACGAGAUGGAGUGCCAGCAGACAAACUCAUCCAAUCUGGCAGAUCAGGCGCAGAUACUGUUGGCCAAACUGAACCGGGGCAGUGACGCCGCCCUCGAGAUCACCCGCAAUCUGGAGCGUCUGACCCAAAACUGGGACGCGAUGUUGCAGCGAAUGGAGCAGUUGGGCGAAGCGCUCAACACUUUGAGUCAACCGGCGAGUAGCCGGUCGUCGACCUCUUCACAGGCGUCUUCGCCCGACAAGAAAGAGAUUUCGUCGUCAGAGACGUCAUCGACUGCGUCGACACCGACGACCAACGCUAAGAAGCGACGGCUCGACUCGUGGCGAAUCCAAGAGUGGCAGAAAGCACUCGACACCCUCUCCUCGUGGUUGGAAAGGGUUGAGGAGGCGCUCGGCAUAGACACUGAAGACGAUGAGGGAUCGCUUCUGUGGGAGUCGUUGGCCAUUGAGGAGCAACAGGUGCUCUUAGAGGACACGGAAGCCGAUGUGGAGAACAGGAAAACCGAAUUUGAACAAUUGAUAUCUCAGGGCAAACAGAUUGUCGAGGAUUUGGCAAACAUUGGCGAAGACUCGCAAACCAUCGAAGAAGUGGUUCAUACUAUACUCGAGCGCUGGAUAGAAGUGAACCAAACUAUGGAUGAGAGACAGAAAAGAGUGAACGCCUUCCUCGAAGUGAAUCGAAUACACAGCGAAUCCGAUGCCAUGACUCGAGUUCUGGAGACACAUCACAAAUGGUUGGAAUCGGCCGAAGAGUCUAUUAAUAAAACUGAAGAAUUGCCAAAACUUUUAGAUCAAAGCAAAUUACGUCUAAAGUCAAUGCAAUCGCAGAAAGAAAGAGUACAGAAGAUAACGGAAGACAUUCUCAGAUUAUGCGCUGAAAUUGCCUCGUCUUCUAACGAGUCCACUAUUAAUGACGUGAAAAGUUUCAUCUCUUAUUGGGACGAAACCAACAAAAAGAUUAUUAAUUUUAACAAACGUUUGAGGAGUGCUUCGUCGCAAAUCCAUAGUGUAGGCCACGAGGAGAUAGAUAGUGCCCCUAAGGAGCAAAAGGAGACACAAAGUGUUCAAAAGGAAGUGUCGAAAGAAGUGUCAAAAGAGCAGUUCCCUCCACGAUAUAUAGAGCUCUCGAAAUCAAUUGAAAAAUUGAUGGAAUGUCUGAACAAAACUAAUACAUCCAUUGAUUCAGAUUUUAUGGAUUCAAUCAACGAUACAAACGCUUUGGAGAAAGAGUUGAAAAAGUUUGAGGAAUUGAUUAAAACUGUUUGCUCUAAAGACACGAAUCUAAGGAAUAUAAACAAAGGCGUGAAAGAAGUGCUCGACUCGAAGGCCAUGUCCAAAGAGGUGAUGAGUUUGUUGUCCAAAUCUACCGAUGAGUUGAAUCUUAAGUGGGAUUCAGUGAACAAUAAAAUCAAGAGUAGAAUAGAGUUAAUAAACAAAUCGUUGCAAACAAUAAGUCUGUUGGAAGAGGAGAUCGUAAGUCUAGACAAAUGGAUGGAUGAGGUGGACGUCUUCCUCAAUGAGGACAUAGCCAUCGGAGAUCUGGAGACAUUGGAGCAACAGUUAGAGCAGUGCAACAAACUUCAGAAAGACAUCAAAAUCACGAUUCAGUCGUCCAUUGAUAACGUGAACAAGAAUGCGGUCGAAAUCACCAAGAAUUUCAAUCUGAGAAAUGUCUCGAAGUUUAAUGAAAUCAACGAGAAGUGGGAAAAGUUGAAGAAUGCGACCAUCGAUAAGAAUAAUAAAUUGAAAAUUGUUUUGCAAAACAGUAACGCUAUUCACGAAAUGCUGACAGAGUCUGAGGAUUAUGUGGUGAAAACCAAUGAUGAGGUGGGAAAUGUCACUCAAAUAACUGGUAAUGACUUUUAUGCCGCACUUAAUAAACUUAAGUACGUUUUGACUGAAAUAUCGGAUAAGAAGCGAGAGAUUAAGAUAAUUAAAGAGAAAUUGGAUGAAAUCAAUUUGAAUCAAUUGACUACCGGUUCGCUGGAGGAUCUCCGACAGAGAUAUAUUGCUAUUCAAAAUAGUUUAGAGAAAUUCGAGUCAAUAAUCAAUGAAACGAUUAAUGACGUGAAGAAAUCGCAAUCAAUGGCCGGAGAGAUAAAGCGACUGAUUAUGAAUGAAAACGAUUGGUUGGAUAGACUGGCGAAGAAGUUGAAGCGAUCGCCACAAUUGGCUGCGGACGCCGAGGAGAUAUCCGAAUGUCUUGAUGAUUUGGAAAACUAUAUCCGGAAUAAACCGAACGAUCGAAUGGAAAGGAUUCAAGAAAUAAGUAAAAUAUUGGCUGAAAGACAGAUGUCGUCCGAAUUGUUGGAGAAAGACGUCCAGAGAGUGGCUGAACGAUGGGAUAGUUUGAGUCGAGAGGCGAAAGAAAGACAAAAGGAGUUGGAGACCACUCAGAGUGAGUCACAACAGUGUGAAAGACAAUUGCUUUCGGUUUUGCGUUGGAUUCAAAGCGUGGAAUUUGAGCUCAAGAAUAGACUCGACAACGAAGUGUUGGCCGAAGACCUGCCCGAAGAAGUGGAUAAAAUGGAAAAGGAGUUCGACUCGUAUGCGAACACAUUGAGUGCCCUCAGGAGCUAUACAGACAAAUACCGUCUUCAGGAUAGAAAUGAAGCAGCGGUUCGUUUGGAGGAACAGACGGAACUGAUUCAGCAACGAUACGACGAACUGCUGAAUAACUUCAAGCAAUACAAGACUUCUGGCUCUGAGUCGAAAGUAAUGAAAGCGACCGCUGCAAUCACUCCGUGA